CUCCACUCCAGGUGUCUGUUUUCAAUGAAAGGACAGGUCAGAAGUGCUCUCCCGUCUGAGAGAAGACGCAGAUAUGACUUCAGGAUUAUGUGAUUGCUGCUUGUUCUGUGAAUGUGCUGCUAAUGUCAAAAGUGUUUUUGUAAGCGCUGGACAAAGAUUAUUUGUGUUCUGCAGAAACAUUUUACAGUGUUCUACUUGUUUUGAAAAUCCCGAGGAUCCUACGGUGCUACAGUUGAAUGAAAAUAAAAAUGAACUAUGUAAUGACCAAAACCUUGAAACACUAAGAAGACUUGCAGCCUCAGAAAACCCCAAGAUGCAACAGACUGCAGCAGAGUAUUUUUUAAAUCUUAGUAAACACUUGAUAUCCCCUUUACCUGAUCCUUACUUGGGACCUGUCCUCACUUUACUAUACUCGCCUGACCUGAAAGUGCAGAAGACCACAGCCAUUUCCCUAAUCAACUUUUUACUAAAAGACACCAUUUAUAUUGACACAGUGGUUGAUAUGAAGAUUUUGGAGCCAUUGAUAGAGAUGUUCAAAUCUGGUGAUGCUGUAGCCCAGUGUACAUCCUGUGCAUGCAUAAUUAUCCUCUCCUCCUCAGAGUCAAAGGCAGAUACUAUAAUGCAUGAUGGCAUCAUCCCACUGUUGGCUUUAGCAAAAUCAUAUGAUCCACAAGUUCAGCAGGAUGCAGCUUGGGCCCUGUUACAACUAACACAGUCAGAAUCUUCAACUAAACUCUUGUGUCAGUGUGGGGCUCUCCCAGUCCUGGUCCUUCUGCUGCAGUCCUCAAACUCAAAGCUUCAGUUUCUCAGCUGUACAGCUCUGUAUAAUAUUGCCUCUGUACAGAAGCUCCAGCUAACACUGUUAAAUGCAUGUGGCUGCUUUUUAAUUCGAUCUCUAGUAAAUCUAAUGUCUUCUACAGUGACAAAGAAUGCAGCAAAAGCAUGUCAGUGUCUCCAACUUCUUGCCCACAAUGUGCAGAUCCAGGCCCAGUUGAUGGAACUAGACUGUGUUUUGCCAUUGAAAACAUUGUUGAGAACUUCCAGUCUAAUUUACAUUGAACCAGCCUUAACACUGCUGUGCACGAUGUCUUCACAUGCACCAAAUAAAGAUGUCUUAGUGGGUGAAGGAGUCCUGGAUGUCAUUGGCCAACUUUUUUAUUGUCAAAACCCCUGUCCCACACUAGUGAUAUGCUGCUCCAGUAUCAUCUCUCAUUUGUCCAACUCUGACAUUGGCCCACAGGCUAUCACAAACACUAUGUGCGUAUCAGGACUCUUGACAGCACUUGAAAACCAAAGUAUGUCAGAUGAGGCUUUGCUCCAAGUGACUUCGUGUUUACAGCAGCUUCUUAACAUUGGUACUUUAAGAUCUCAUGUGGUCGCACAAGUUGCAUCGGAGCAUAUUGCAAGGCUGGUGAAUUUAUCUGAGCCAACAAGAAAUCCUGUGUUAUCCUGCAAAUGUGCUGCUAUUUUAAGUAAAUUUAAACAGACAGGAAAGCUUCCCCUAUUGACUAAAUUUUAUUAAUGAAGGUUUGUACACUACAUAAUGAAUCAUAAAUUUCAAAAAAAAGAUCAGACAGACACAUUUGAGACAUUUUAAGCAACAGGCAUAACUUAUAAUGUAAUGCUUUUAUUUAAUAUUUAAUUUACAUUUAACAGACUUGCUAAACCAUAUAGUUAUAAUGGAACUAUACUUUUGUUAUAGCAAGUAAAUAAAAAUAAGCUAAGCACAUUUGGUUACACAAUGACUUAUUCAUUAAAUAAAUUGUCAAACCCUGCUUUUUGCUUUGUUAAAUGACUUCAUAUCAAACCUACAGUGCAAUAAAUGCUUUGAACUUGACUGGUCUAUGUUACCUCUAGCACAACUGAAACUAAGCCUUUGGGAACUACUCCAUAGCAGCUUUGAAAUAGCACUUGCUUAAGUUAUGUAAAAAGAUACAAUUUAAAUAUGAAGCAAUUCU